AUGGACAGGGCCCAGAAAGGAAUGGGCAGUAACACCAGGGGAGCCAAGCACCAGCUACUGGUGGAUAGAGCAGUUACUCAAGACUCCAAGACCAGGCAGACCAAACUGUGCACCGCCUGUAUUGACUACAAGAAAGCCUACAACUCAAAGAAGAAGGUGGUGGUGGCAGAGGCUUUAUCUGACCUGGUCAUAUACACCAGGUCUGUCAAGUUCAUCAGCUUCAGUCAUUCCCAGGACAAUCAGAACUACUAUGAGAACACAUCUAUGGCAGAGAAGAAAGCUCGCAAGCUGGCCAAAGCCUCAGGUGCAAAUUUUGUUCAGCAUAACCAGAAGUUCCUCAGUAGGAUUUACCCUGCAGGCUCAAGGACAUCUUCGUCCAACUACAAUCCUCAGGAGUUUUGGAAUGUCGGCUCGCAGCUCGUGGCACUCAAUUUCCAGUCUCUGGGCUUGCCUAUGGACCUCAAUGAUGGCCGUUUCCAGGACAACGGAGGCUGUGGAUACGUCCUGAAGCCGGCAGUGCACAUGUCCAGUCAGAGGAGCUUUGAUCCCGGCUGCAGCCAGCACAGCCUCAAACCCACACACCUGCUGCUCAAGGUGAUCAGUGGGUCCAACCUACCUGUUCCCAGGGGUGGCAAAGCUCUGGACCCCUUUGUCAGAGUGGAGAUUCAUGGGAUUGCAUCUGACUCGCGCAGAAAAAACACACACACUGUCAAGAACAACUCUCUGAGUCCUCACUGGGAUGCUGACAUGAACUUCAGCAUCAGCUUAACUGAGCUCUGCCUCAUCCGCUUCUGUGUCCGAGACCAGACUGGGCUCCUCAGCAGUGAUUUUGUGGGCCAGUACACCCUGCCCUUCACCAGCCUGAAGAAAGGCUACCGCUGGGUGCCUCUACGGUCCCGAGAUGGAUGCAGCCUGGAUCCAGCCUCCCUCUUUGUCUUUGUUUGGUAUUCCUAAAAACAGCUCUCCGUAUCAGACUCACACACACACGCCUCACCAACAGAUAGAGAAGCGUGGCUGAUGCGGCAACAACAACAACAAAAAUAUAUAAAUAAAUCAAAAGCACCAUUUCCUCAGA